GGACAUGUGCUGGCCCAGGACCAACUCAAUAAAUAUGAAGACUUAAGACAAAUUUAAAGAUGAGGUUCAUUUAUUCACCAUCUCUAUGAAUAUGAUUACAACAUCCACUAUUGAGCUUGAAAAAUCACAAAGAAUCUUCAAACCGCAUACCUAUUAAUGAGGGAAAAACAUGACCAAAAAAAAAUGAAGGGACGAGACAAUCAGGAAGCUACCUUCCUAUCAGUACCACCCACUGUGUAUCUACUCCGUUGCAGAAGUUCAACUAAACGAUGAAAAUCACACCCGCAAAUCCACUCCAAAAAUUGCACGUGCUAACUCUGUUCACCCACACGUGCCUCCUUCACCAUUUAACUGCUACCACUAUAACCAACUCCCCCAAAUUUUUCAACUAUAAAUUCAAAACGCAUACAACACGAGUAACAACCAGAACCAUAACCGCUCAAUCACACACUCACAGUGAAUCUCAAAACCGCAUAACAGAAACCAAAAUGGAAGAAAAUAAAGAAGCCAUUGAAGCUCAGAGCAAGUUCCGAUCAGAGUUCCUGCAAGUCCUCAGUAGCAGAAGACCUCCUCAAGUUCCGUUAACGGUUGAAAUCGGAAAACCAGUGGUGGAUCAAUGGUAUCAGAAGAACUCUUCUCCGUCAACCGAUGAGGAGAUUAUGAAGUCUUGUCCUAAAAAAGACAUUGAGAACUUCAAAGAUUUGCUCAAGGAGGAGAAUCUGUAUUUAACUAUAGAGGAAGGAGAUCAAGGACGGUUGCCUGUGUUGAUUUUGAGUUUGAAGGAAAGUGAUAUACAGAAAAGAAGAAGACCUGCAGUUGUUUUUCUUCACAGUACAAACAAGUAUAAAGAAUUUCUGCGUCCAUUGCUUGAGGCAUAUGCUUCACGGGGAUAUAUAGCAAUUUCGAUUGAUUCUCGUUACCAUGGUGAACGUGCGAAGGAUGCAACUACUUAUCGCGAUGCUCUUAUUUCCGCAUGGAAGACCGGAGACACAAUGCCAUUCAUAUAUGACACGGUAUGGGACUUGAUUAAAUUGGCAGAUUAUCUAACACAGAGAGAAGAUAUAGACCCCUCUAGGAUAGGAAUCACUGGAAUAUCACUUGGAGGAAUGCAUGCAUGGUUUGCUGCAGCUGCUGAUACACGCUAUGCUGUGGUUUCUCCCCUGAUUGGUGUACAGGGAUUUCGAUGGGCCAUAGACAACGAUAAGUGGCAGGGUCGAGUUGACAGUAUAAAGCCUGUUUUUGAAGCGGCUCGUGAUGAUUUGGGCAAAACUGCUAUUGACAAAGAAGUGGUGGAGAAGGUUUGGGACAGGAUUGCUCCUGGUUUAGCUUCCCAGUUUGAUUCCCCAUACUCGAUUCCAUCUAUUGCACCACGUCCUCUGCUUAUUCUCAAUGGUGCAGAAGAUCCUAGGUGUCCCCUUGCGGGCUUGGAAAUUCCAAGGUCAAAAGCAAGUCAGGCAUAUGGGGAGUUUCACCGCUUAGAUAAUUUCAAGUUUAUUGCGGAACCCGGAAUUGGGCACCAGAUAACAAAAUUCCAGGUGAAAGAGUCAUCUGAUUGGUUUGACAAGUUCCUGAAGCCUCAGCUUGUGCCCGGAUUGUAAAAUUAUAACCAACUCGCUCUGGCUCAUUCGAGUUGCCUCUAUAUGAUUGUGUGUGUGUGUGUGUGUUGUGUUAUGAUUUUCUGUUUAAUGUAUCCUCUAGUCCAUGUUAUUGCAAUAAAAUGAAGAACCAUAGUUCUAUGUGUGCCUAA